AUGCGUCUGCGCGCCAGCAAGUUCUUCCGCAACGCCUUGAGGGGGGGGGGAUGGAAGUCAGCACAGACUCUCAAAGUCACUUUGAAAGAAGAGGACCCUAGGAUAUUCGCUUGGUAUCUAGACACACUCUAUAACGGCACCAAGACAUCCUUCAAAGGUCAGCCGUGGUCUUUCCAGCCCAUGAGCGAGCUCUACGUCCUCGCUGAGAUGCUCAUGGACGACUCCACUAAGAAGGUUAUCCUGGCGGCCAUUCAGAAACGAUGCGAGAGCCCUCAAUUCGGCCACUCCCUCCCGGAGCCAUCUGCAGUGCGUACUAUCUACGACGGUACACCCGAGUCGAGUCCCGCGCGUCGUUUGAUGGUUGAUAUCUUCUCCCAACGUGCAAGUAAAGAGCGCAUUGAGCACUGGACGACGGAGAACUUGCCGAAAGACUUUCUCCUCGAUCUGUCGGUCAAUCUCAUCGCCCAACGUUCCCCUCUAGAUGACGAUAAUAGGGGACAAGAUGAGGGCAAGAAUGCUAAGAAGCGUGCAGCUGAAGAAUCUGACGACGAAUUAGCCCUCUAUCUUGACUCGCUAAAGUCGCCUCCAAAGGUGAAGAGGAAGAUCGUGAAGCUGAAGUUGCGUGCCGACGGCCAUGAUCGCCUCGCCUUUCCUGACAAGUACUCCGUGCUAGCCGAUGCAGACUCGGGAAAUACAAAGACAAAGGUCACUCUUGGUUCCCAACACGAUACCGCAUACAUCAGGGCUGAGCGCACAGCCGAAUGGCAGACAAACAUUAGCAACCUUCCAGGUGGUCCUGUUAAGCCGCAGAUAAUGACCGAUGACGGCAGGAGUUGGUUCGAAACCGAUUGA